GCCUCCCUCCCUCCCUCUCUCUCUCUCUCUCUCUCUCUCUUUCUUUCCUCCUUUUCACCUCCUCGAACAAAAGUAGCCCUUCUCUCUGCUCCAGCCCUGCCCGCGAGCGGGGCCGCUUUGUCUGCCCGCCCCGUCGGGGUGCCCGGGGCCGGGAGCGGGCCGGGCCGGGCCGGGCCAUGGCGGGGGGAGCGGCGGGUGCCCGGCUGCUGCUGGCGCUGCUGGGCUUGGGGUUGGCGCUGGGAGGCGGAGGAGGAGGAGGAGGAGGAGGAGGAGGCGGUGGUGGGGCGACGUGCCCCGAGCGGGAGCUGGAGCGGCGGGAGGAAGAAGCCAACGUGGUGCUGACGGGCACGGUGGAGGAGAUCAUGAACGUGGACCCCGUGCACCACACCUAUUCCUGCAAGGUGAGAGUCUGGCGUUACCUGAAAGGCAAAGACAUCGUCACUCACGAGAUCCUCUUGGAUGGUGGGAACAAAGUGGUUAUCGGUGGCUUCGGGGACCCGUUAAUCUGUGACAACCAAGUCUCAACUGGAGACACACGGAUUUUCUUCGUCAACCCUGCCCCGCAGUACAUGUGGCCGGCACACCGCAACGAGCUGAUGCUGAACUCCAGCCUCAUGCGGAUAACGCUGCGCAACUUGGAGGAGGUGGAGCACUGCGUGGAAGAACAUAGGAAGCUUCUUGCUGACAAGCCCAAUAGUUACUUUACUCAGACGCCGCCGACGCCGCGAGAUGCGUGCCGAGGGAUGCUGUGCGGGUUCGGGGCGGUGUGCGAGAGGAGCCCCGCCGACCCUUCGCAGGCCUCCUGCGUCUGCAAGAAGACGGCUUGCCCCGUCGUGGUGGCCCCUGUCUGCGGCUCCGAUUAUUCCACCUACAGCAACGAGUGUGAGCUGGAGAAGGCCCAGUGCAACCAACAGAGGCGGAUCAAAGUCAUCAGCAAGGGACCGUGCGGCUCCAAGGACCCCUGCGCAGAGGUGACCUGCAGCUUCGGCAGCACGUGCGUCCGCUCCCCCGACGGCCAGUCGGCCAAGUGCGUCUGCCCGUUGUCCUGCAGCGGCGUGCCCGAGGGCACGGUGUGCGGCAGCGACGGCAAAGACUACCGCAGCGAGUGCGACCUCAACAAGCACGCCUGCGACAAGCAGGAGAACGUUUUCAAGAAGUUCGACGGCGCCUGCGACCCUUGUAAAGGUGUCCUCAACGACAUGAACCGUGUUUGCCGGGUGAACCCCCGCACCCGGAGGGUGGACCUGCUCUCCCGCCCCGAGAACUGCCCCCCAAAGAGAGAGCUCGUGUGCGGUGACGACGGGGUGACUUACGACAACGAGUGCGUGAUGGGGCGCUCGGGGGCCAUCCGGGGACUGGAAAUCCAGAAGGUGCGUUCCGGGCAGUGCCAGCAUCAGGACAAAUGCAAGGAUGAGUGCAAGUUCAACGCCGUCUGCCUGAACCGCCGCGGCACCGCGCGCUGUUCCUGUGACCGCAUCGCCUGCGACGGUGCUUACCGACCCGUCUGCGCCCGGGACAGCCGGACCUACAGCAACGACUGCGAGCGCCAGAAAGCCGAGUGCCACCAGAAGGCUGCCAUCCCAGUGAAGCACAGCGGACCCUGUGACCUGGGCACCCCCAGCCCGUGCCUGAGCGUGGAGUGCACCUUCGGGGCCACGUGUGUGGUGAAGAACCAGGAGGCCGUGUGCGAGUGCCAGCAAGUGUGCCAGGGCCGCUACGACCCCGUGUGCGGCACCGACAACCGCACCUACGGCAACCCCUGCGAGCUCGACUCCAUGGCCUGUGUCCUCAAGAGAGAGAUCAAAGUGAAGCACAAAGGGCCCUGCGACCGCUGUGGCAAGUGCCAGUUCGGGGCCAUCUGCGAGGCGGAGACGGGACGGUGCGUGUGCCCCACGGAGUGCGUUGCCUCCUCCCAGCCCGUGUGCGGCACAGAUGGCAACACGUACGGCAGCGAGUGCGAGCUCCACGUCCGGGCGUGCACGCAGCAGACGAACAUUUUGGUGGCUGCCCAAGGAGACUGCAAGUCCUGCGGCAGCACGGUGUGCUCCUUCGGCAGCAAGUGCGUGGGAGGGCAGUGCGUGUGCCCGCGCUGCGAGAGGCAGCCCUUCGCCCCGGUCUGCGGGAGCGACGGCCUCGCCUACGACAACCCCUGCGAGCUGCAGGUCGCCUCCUGCCAGCAGCAGAAGAGCAUCGAGGUGGCCAGGAUGGGGCCGUGCGAGGAGGAGUGCGGCUCGGGGGGCUCGGGCUCCGGCGACGGUAGCGAGUGUGAGCAGGAUCGGUGCCGGCAGUACGGGGGCUGGUGGGACGAGGAUGCUGAGGAUGACCGCUGUGUGUGUGACUUCACCUGCCUGGCAGUGCCCCGCAACCCGGUGUGUGGCUCCGAUGGGGUGACCUACACCAACGAGUGUGAGCUGAAGAAGACACGGUGUGAAAAACGCCAGGAUCUCUAUGUCACUAGCCAAGGAGCCUGUCGUGCCCUCGCCACAACCCCGCCACCUCUCCUGGUUGUGCACUGCAGCCAGACCAUCUACGGAUGCUGCCCAGACAACAUGACCUUGGCACUCGGAGUGGGGGCAGCUGGAUGCCCAAGUACCUGCCAGUGCAACCCCUACGGCUCCUAUGGGGGAGCCUGCGACCCCGCGACGGGGCAGUGCUCCUGCAAGCCAGGCGUGGGGGGCCUGAAGUGCGACCGCUGCGAGCCAGGCUUCUGGAAUUUCCGCGGCAUCGUCACCGACAGCAAGAGCGGCUGCACGCCCUGCAACUGCGACCCGGUGGGCUCAGUGCGCGAUGACUGCGAGCAGAUGACUGGUCUGUGCUCCUGCAAGACUGGUAUCACUGGCAUGAAAUGCAACCAGUGCCCCAACGGCAGCAAGCUGGGCAUGACUGGCUGUGAGAAAGACCCCUCAGCCCCAAAAUCCUGCGAGGAAAUGAGCUGCGAGUUUGGGGCCUCGUGCGUGGAAGUCAACGGCUUUGCCCACUGCGAGUGCCCGUCCCCGCUCUGCUCGGAGGCCAACAUGACCAAGGUGUGUGGCUCUGAUGGUGUGACUUAUGGGGACCAGUGCCAGCUGAAGACCAUUGCCUGUCGGCAGGGACAAGCCAUCACAGUGAAGCAUGUGGGGCAGUGCCACGAGUCCAUCACUCACACAAGCCACACCUCGCCACCCACACCGCUGCCCACACUGCCCUUGGACAAGUUAAUCCUCCCACCGCCACUGCGGCUCACCACCCGGGCUCCAGAACCCACCGAGCUGGCUACCACCUCCCUGCUGUUGGAAGCCAGGCCUACGGAAAGAGAUCACCCUACAACAAGGCGCGUCACGACUGCCAGACCAGCCACGACACCGUGGAUGACCCACGGGGUGUAUAAAACCACCGUCCGCCCUCUCUCCACCGCACCAGUGGUCCUGGCCACCACCCAGCCUGCCUACGUUGAAUCGGGCAGUGCAGAAGGCAGCGGAGACCAAGAGAUGGGCAGCAGUGGAGACCAGGAAUCUAGUGGGGCAGGCUCUGCCGGGGAAGAGGAGGUGGAGGAAAGCCAGGUGACUUCCACCCCGGCCAUCGAGAGGGCCACGUGUUACAACACCCCGCUGGGAUGCUGCUCCGAUGGCAAGACGGCGGCUGCUGAUGCGGAAGGCAGCAACUGUCCGGCUACCAAAGUCUUCCAAGGAGUCCUCAUCUUGGAGGAGGUGGAAGGCCAGGAGCUGUUCUACACACCCGAGAUGGCUGACCCCAAGUCAGAGCUCUUUGGGGAGACGGCCAGGAGCAUUGAGAGCGCGCUGGAUGAGCUUUUCCGUAAUUCUGAUGUUAAGAAGGAUUUCAAGAGCAUCCGUGUCCGAGACCUGGGGCAGAGCAGCGCUGUCCGUGUCAUUGUGGAGUCCCACUUUGACCCAGCUACUUCCUACACGGCAGCUGAUGUCCAAGGGGCCCUGCUGAAGCAGAUCAGAGCUUCCAAGAAGAAGACCAUCCUGGUGAAGAAGCCCCAGCAGGAGCAUGUCAAAUUCAUGGACUUUGACUGGAUCCCCCGGCUCUUCACCACCACUGUGACCACAACCACGGCCACCACCGUGGCACCCGCCACCACCCCACGGCGGUACCCCACGGCAGCCGCUGCCACCACACCCCACGGCCCGCGCCCGGGCGCCGCGGGCCGACCCAGCCCCAAAGCAGCAGGAGCUGCGAGCACCAAGAGACCCACGUCCACCCUCCCCGCCACCACCCGGCGGAAGCCCACGCGCCAGCCCCCCGGCACGAGGAAACCCACGCGGCCCUGCGACUCCCACCCCUGCCUGCACGGCGGCACUUGCGAGGACGACGGGAAGGAGUUCACCUGCAGCUGCCCAGCAGGCAAAGGGGGGGCCGUCUGCGAAAAACCUAUCAGGUACUUCAUCCCCAGCUUUGGUGGCAAGUCCUACCUGGCCUUCAAGAUGAUGAAGGCGUACCACACCGUGCGCAUCGCCAUGGAGUUCAGGACCGUGGAGCUCAGCGGGCUGCUGCUCUACAACGGGCAGAACCGCGGCAAAGACUUCAUCUCCCUGGCGCUGGUUGGCGGCUUUGUGGAGCUCAGGUUUAACACUGGCUCCGGGACGGGCAUCAUCACCAGCAAGGUCCGCGUUGAGCCUGGCAAGUGGCACCAGUUAGUGGUGAACCGCAACCGCCGCAGCGGCAUGCUGUCCGUCGACGGGGAGCCCCACGUCAGCGGGGAGAGCCCGACGGGCACCGACGGCCUCAACCUGGACACGGAUCUGUUCAUCGGGGGAGCGCCGGAGGAUCAGAUGGCUGCGGUGGCGGAUCGUACCGCGGCCUCCGCGGGUCUGAAGGGCUGCAUCCGCCUCCUGGACGUGAACAACCAGAUGUACGACCUGCGGGAGAAAGGCAGCGAUGUGCUGUAUGGCAGCGGGGUGGGCGAGUGCGGCAACGACCCCUGCCACCCCAACCCCUGCCACCACGGUGGCAUCUGCCACGUCAAGGAGGCAGAGAUGUUCCACUGCGAGUGUCUCUACAGCUACACCGGCCCAACGUGUGCCGACGAGAGGAACCCCUGCGACCCUACGCCCUGCCACGUCUCUGCCACCUGCCUGGUGCUGCCGGAGGGAGGUGCCUUGUGUGCCUGUCCCAUGGGCCGGGAAGGAGACUUCUGCGAGCUAGUGACAGAGCAGGACCACACCAUACCCUUCCUCCCGGAGUUCAAUGGCUUCUCGUACCUGGAGCUGAACGGGCUGCAGACCUUCGUUCCUGACCUGCAGGACAAAAUGUCCAUGGAAGUUGUGUUCCUGGCCAAGAACCCCAACGGCAUGAUCUUCUACAAUGGCCAGAAGACAGAUGGCAAAGGGGACUUUGUCUCUCUGGCCUUACACGAUGGCUACCUGGAGUACAGAUACGACCUGGGCAAAGGGGCGGCUGUGCUCAGGAGCAAAGAGCCAGUUCCCCUCAAUGCCUGGAUAAGCGUCUUGUUGGAGAGGAACGGACGCAAAGGGGUAAUGAGGAUCAACAACAGCGAGAGGGUGAUGGGAGAGUCACCGAAAUCCCGUAAGGUGCCUCACACCUUCCUGAACCUGAAGGAGCCAUUUUAUGUGGGGGGAGCCCCUGAUUUCAGCAAGCUGGCUCGAGCAGCUGCCAUCUCCACCAGCUUUGAUGGAGCUGUGCAGUGGAUCUCCGUCAAGGGGGUUCCUGUGCUGAAGGAACAGAACAUCCGCAGCGCCAUUGAGAUCUCCCCCUUCCGAGGUCACCCCUGCACCCAGAAACCCAAUCCUUGCCAGAACGGGGGCACUUGCAGCCCCCGGCUAGAGAGCUACGAGUGUGCCUGCCAGAGGGGCUUCUCCGGGGCUCACUGUGAGAAAGUGAUCAUUGAGAAGGCUGCUGGAGAUGCAGAGGCCGUUGCUUUUGAUGGUAGGACAUACAUGGAGUACCACAAUGCCGUGACAAAGAGCCACCUGACCAAUGAGAUCCCCGCUCCCGAAGCGCUGGACUAUCCCGCGGAGCCCAGCGAGAAGGCCUUGCAGUCAAACCGCUUUGAACUAAGCAUCAAAACAGAAGCCACUCAGGGGCUGAUCCUGUGGAGCGGGAAGGGGCUGGAGCGAUCAGAUUACAUCGCCCUGGCCAUCGUGGAUGGCUUUGUACAAAUGACCUACGACCUCGGCUCCAAGCCAGUCGUCCUACGAUCCACGGUCCCAGUCAACACCAAUGAGUGGAUCCACAUCAAAGCAUACAGGGUACAGAGAGACGGUUCCCUUCAAGUUGGCAACGAAGCCCCCAUUUCUGGCUCUUCUCCGCUUGGUGCGACGCAGCUGGAUACGGACGGGGCCCUGUGGCUGGGGGGAAUGGAGAAGCUGAGCGUGGCUCACAAGCUGCCCAAGGCCUACAGCACUGGCUUUAUUGGCUGCAUAAGGGACGUGAUUGUCGACCGCCAAGAACUGCAUCUGGUGGAGGACGCUUUAAACAACCCCACGAUAUUACACUGCUCAGCCAAAUAGACCCCCAGGGACCCUUCCUUCUCCUUCCCUCCCUCCUGCCUAUUGCUGUAAUUAUUUUCUAUUUUUGUAAACUUAUUGCUUUUUAUAUUUUGGGGGGAGGGGGGAAAGGGAGGGGAGGAAACACCUUUUCUUUUGGGUUAUUUGUUCGGUUGCAGUCUAUCCAGGUCAGUCAGACUCUAAUCAAACAGCAGCAACAAAGAACAAACCUUGAACCAAGUCUCCAAGAAGUGACAGAAGAACUUCCCCAUUGCACCUGCAUUGUAAAUCUUAUUCAUACUUGAAGCUUCUUUUUGGGUUAUUUUUCCCCCUCCUUACUUGUGUUCUUGGGUUGUUGUUCACGCCCGUGGGGGAAAGGAUGCUGGUGCUGGCGAGACGCGUGGCCUUCGUGGAUUCACUGCCUUCCCAUCUCAAGCCUGGCCCCGAAGUCCCCUCCGCAGUGCUGGCUGAGCAGGGAAGCGGCCAUCAGAGAAGCGGGAAUUACCUCCCUGCUUUGGGGCCUGGCUCUGCUAAGCCUUCUCCUGCCCUGUGUUCACCCUAUCUCCCUCCUCCCCCCCCUUCCUCUCACUAUAAUUUAUGUGUGUAAGAAUCUCAAGUGCUUUUCUCCUUUAUGCUCUGUUAAAAUCAGGGAUGCCAUGCACUGGAAGAGAGACCAAGGUCUGCUCUGAGCAGGCAGAAAAGCAUUGCUCUUUGGUUGUCUUAUGACUGUUUGCUGGACUAGGAGGUGCUGUGGGGGAAAUAUUGAUUUCUCUGUUUGCUCUCCUCCUCCUCCUCUUGGACAUGUGCAGAAGCAGCUGUGAAACCUCAUUUCCACGCUUUGUGUUUAUCCAGACAUGUCCUAACCACCUGCUUGCCCUGGCUGCUCUUCCCAAGAGCUUCUGUGUACCAAGCGUUGCCCUCCCGUGCACCAGUGAGAACUUGCAGCACGUCUUCAAGAGCUGGAAGUGCUCUCCCCUUCCAGCACUGCCCAACGGGCUGCGAGGGCACGGGGACUGCGUCCCUUUUCACUUUAAAAAAAAAAAAAAAAAAUCUGUUGGAUGCAUCCUUCCAUGACCCAUGUCUAUUUUCCAGCCUCCGGGCAUGACUUGCCCUCUCUCUACCAUGAGGAUGCUUGCAGCUGGCCAGCAUGUGAAUCUCUAGAGCUGGUUUUAGAGCCUCUCUCAUGAAGAGUAAUUGGAGUUUUACCUUUGACUUCAGUUUUUUGCAAUGCCCAGUGCAAUGCAGGGUCUUCCACACCGUGAUCAAAGCUCCUCUGGAAACUGCCAGCCCAGCAGCAAUAGCUUCGAAGGAAACGGGAACAGGGCGCGAGCCAGCUGUCGAGGCAGUAGUGUUUGGGAGGUGGUUUUUUAAGUAUUUUUCUUCCUCCAUGCAAAUCUUGAAAGCAAGUAGUGUGGUGCCAAUUGCAAAGCCAGUAUGUGUGGUUUUGAGUGAAUGUAUGCGUGUUUGCAUUGUCUUGUCAGCCAGCACACAUUUGCAUGCGAACACUGACUCUCCUGUAAGCAGGAGAAGAACAAACGGAUUGCAGCUGUGAAAGAAAUGACCCACUCCGUUCAGGUUCCUUCUGCAGGGGAAGAAUUUACUGAUGCUGUGUAGCACCUAUGUCCCUUUUCACCAGUGGGACACAACUGUGUCCCUUUCCCACCCUGAGAUGGCACCUGGCAUUGUUCUAUGUCAAACCAGCUUUAUCAAGUGCACAGAAUUAAUCUGAAGGAUCCCGCCGGGUAUCAAAUGUUAAUUAAUAGCCAGGGUGCCGUCAUUUUGCAGUUUUACCCUAAGUUUCUAGCACACCUUGUAGUGUACCUAUACAAAGUAGUGCACUGCUUAAAAAUGUUGUUUCUUGGCACUAACUUUUGAGCCAUGAAAAGUCAAGUUACUUUUCUCAGGGUGAGCUGUGAACACAGAUGUAACAAAGGGGAAGAACGUAGUGUAAAACCACUUGGGUUUCCUUUUUCUUUUUGUUUGUUUUUUUUUCUUUUUUUUUUUUCUCCAAUUAAAUCUAUCCCUCCCCCCCCAAUCUAUGCCUAAUCUAUUGACAUUCCUCUAAAAAUCCAGUGGUUAAAUAUUUCACGGGGGGCUGCGCCCGCUGUGGAUGGAGACCCCGCUCUGUGUGUGUGUGUGUGUGUGUGUGUGUGUGUGGCUAUACCACAUUUUAAGUGGCUACUGUAUAUAAAUUGUGGUUCCUGGUGGGGAGUACUGUGACUGUGUUGUGAAAGGGAUGGACUGCUGUAUUUUUGAUCCCAAGGUGUAGAUAGACAGGGGCUAGCUCGGACUGCAGGAGGGGGUGGGAUGGGAGGGAAGGGCGAGACCCUCGCUCUGUGUUUUGAGACCUGCGUUGGCCGAGACAGAGGGCUGGAUGUGCCAACUCCAGAGGGAGAGGGGCAUGCGCAGAGGAAGCUGCUAAUUUUCAAAAAUGCCACUGAAAUGAAGCCAGGGUCACUGCAAAAAAAAAAAAAAAAAAAAAAAACAAAAACCAACAAACAACUAAACAAAAACAAAAACUCUGUCUGCUUUUGCUGGGGCUUGGAAAUGCCUUAAAACAGGACCUUGCGUCCUCGUCAAGCAUCUUGAACCAAGGUCAGAUUCAGCAGUGCUCCCUAGGGGCUGUGCACUUAACUUCGGCUUUAUUUUUAAUAGCAUUUAUAACAUGUAUGUACAAAAAAAAGACAUUGAGGUUUGGGGGUUUUGUUUUUUGUUUUUGUUUUCCUGGGUUUUUUUCUUUUUUAAAAAAAAUAUGUCCAUGUGGCUUCAUUUAUAGGGUAAAUUAAUGACCAUUGUGAACUGCUGUAUGAAUUCUGAAGGGCAAUGCGCAGUAGAGGAGCAGCAUGAUAUAACCAUUACUAACUUGUGUCUUUUGUCAAUCACCAUGAAAUAAAGUUGGAAAACUAUUAAA